AUUUAUUUAGCACGUAACACCAAUUCCUAGUUUAAAGAUGAAUUUUGAAGGUUUGAGUUGAGUUGGUUGAUUUGGGGAUCAACGUGAGAAUGGUUGAGUUGGUUGAGAUGACUGAAGCUGAAAUGGUUUGUCCGGCUAAUGGAUUUCCAGGAGGGAUGAAGGGGAUGAGGAUGCUUCUGGAGUGAGAAGCUAUGGAUCCAUCCAGUCAAAGUAAGAAUCUCUCUGAGCGAACAGAUUUGACGAAGAAGAUGAGAGUGGGGUGCAACUUCUGCGAGUUCUCCAGCAGCAGAUACGGAUGUGACUCUGAACAAAGUCUUCAGGAACAAGACAAUGUGCUGCGGGAAAAAGUGGAGAGAUUACGGUUUUUGAUCAAGAGGAUGACUGGAAGAGACGACGAUGCAAAUUUCACCGAGCUGCAAGCACUUGAAAGCCAUCUUAAGGAUGUUAAGCGCAUUGUGUUGGACCAAAAGAAUAAGAUAAAGCUAGAAGAAGAUGAAAGACUGCGCAAACAGAACAGGGAAGCUGAGAAUGAGAGUGAUGGUACGAGGAGAGGGGUUUUGGUCUCUACGAACAGCUCUGAAAAAAGACUGGAGAAACAAGAUGAUGGAGCAAUGCUGCUGAAAAGGAAGAGUAAUUUCGAGAGAAGAAACUCUGAAUCAUUUCAGAGCGAGUUCGAGAGAUUGUGGCUUUUUAACGAGAGAAUGAACGGUAGAGAGCUCGAGGGUAUGUCAUCCUCCCAACUGGUCUCACUUUACUGUCAGAUAUCACGGGCUUUGUUGGAUUUGGAUGACCAAAUGAUGAGACCAAGAAGGGAACAAAUUGCAGCAAGGGAGCGCGAAGAGAAGGAAUCAGUCUCGAGGCUAGCUGAACACGAGAGAUAUUCAUCGGACAAUGAAAAAGAUGAUGACACUUUCUUGCAAAUUAGACUUCUUCUCGUUUCAAGAAAGUUGAGAAGAUUCCACAAUCGUUAUCAACGGAAGAGCUUGCCUAGGACCAGAUCGCUCUGUCAGAGUCGAGCGACUUCCGAUUGUUGGGUUUCGUCGAUCCGAUUAGAGAUGUCGAUAAUGGGGAGAGGAAAGAUUAAGAUGAAGUUGAAGGGGAGGCGAAGAGAUUUGACGAAGAAGAAGAAGAAGGUGAGAGAGCUCUGCGAUUAUUGCGGAUUCUCCAGCAGCACCAUUAGAUAUGAUGAACAAAGGCCACACGAACGAGAUCACGAAGCAGUGUCUAUGGAGAAACUCAAGAGAUUACGGCUUUUGACCAGGAGAAUGACUUGUAAGGAUCUCGACGGUCUGACUUUCCCCGAGCUUCUAUUACUUGAAAGCCAUUUAAAGACUGCCUUGCUCAUUGUGAAGGACCGAAGGAAGAAGAUAAAGCUGCUUAAAGAUGAUGAAUGGAUGCUUAUACGGAGGAAGGGCGAUGAUCGUGUGGGGAUAGAGGUUACUGUUCCCUGCAAAUUCUCUACCAGCAGCACGGGGGAGAGACAAGAUGAUGAAGCACCAGCACCGCCGCGGCUGUCGAAACUUCAGCGAGAAUUCGAGAGACGAAAUGCUGAAACCAUGAUGAUUGAAUACGAGAGAUUAUGGCUGUUGAAGGAGAGAAUGAACGGUAGACAGCUUGACGGUAUGAAUCAGGGCGAGCUGGGCUUACUUGAACUUAAGAUAGUAAAUGGAUUGCAGGAUUUGCUGGAGCAUAUGUAUGCACCAACAAGGGAACAAAUCACUAAGAAGCGCAGAUCUCUGUUAAGAGAGGUUCCGGGAACUGAGCAGGAGAGAUGUUCAUUGGAUGAUGAGCAUCAUGUUCCAUCACCAAAUGCUUCAAUAAAGCUCAAAGAUCCAAAGACCAAUACUAGAGGAGUGCCCUGCAGUUUCUGUGAAUUCUCCAGUAGCAGAUAUGGAUGCAGCUCUGAAGAUAAGCUGCAGGAGCAAGACAAUGAAGCAGUGCUGCGGAAAGAAGUCGAGAGAUUACGGCUUUUGAUCAAGAGAAUGACUGGUAAGGACGAUGGUGUCAGCUUCACCGAGCUGCUAGCUCUUGAAAGUCACCAUAAGAAUGUCCUACCCAUUGUGCUGGAGCAAAAGAAGAAGAUAAAGCUGGAAGAAGAUGAAAGGCUGCAGAAACAGAAGAAGGAAGCAGAGCAUGAGGCUGAUGGUACGAGGAGAGGGGUUUUGGUUCCUUGCAAAUUCUCUGCCGGCAGCUUGGGAGAAAGACAGGAGAAUCCAAAUGGUGGAGCACCACUGCUGCAAACGAAGAGGGAAUUCGAGAGACGAAGCCCUGAAUCCUUGCAGCUGGAAAUGAAGAGGGAAUUCGAGAGGCGCAGCUCUGAAUCCUUGCAGAGCGAGUUCGACAGAUUAUGGCUUUUUAACGAGAGAAUGAAUGGUAGAGAGCUCGAGGGUAUGACUUUAUUCGACCUGUCCAUACUUCACAUUCAGAUAUUACGAGCUUUGAGGGCUUGUAUUAACCAAAGGUUGGAACCAGUAGAAGAACAAAAAGCAUGGCUGCACGGAGAGCUUGUUUGCUACACCAACAAGGAAUCAGUCUCUGGGUUAGCUGAGCCCGAGAGAUGUUCAUUGGACAAUGACAAGGAUGCUGACAUUUCCUUGCAAUGUAGACUUCUUCUUGUUUCAAGAAAGCUCAGAAGAUUCCAUAAUUGUUAUCAGCGGAAGAGCAUCCGGACCAGGUCGGUCUGCCAGAGUCGAGUGACUUCCGAUUGAUCUGGUUUUAGUGUGUACCGUCGUAACCUUAUCUGCCCUGGUUGCUGAUUUCUCUAUUUCUAUUGUGACAUAUCAACUUGGCACUUUAUCUGUCUUAGCCUUGAAGUCUACGCAUCUUGGAUUGUAAACUUAGAAUGAGUCUAUUGAAUUAGAGUUUAAUUUAUUACCAAGGUAAGAUGUUGUUUUAAGACUCACUAUGUUAGGACUUGUGGACUAUUAUAAAAGUUCUGUUAUCUGGUACC